CGUCGGUGAAGAUUAAUCUGAUUGGCUGAUGGGCUCUUUAAACUACAAGGCGGAAGGAUUUGCAGACGCAAAAAUGACAACAGAAGUCGAAUUUCUACGAGAUCAAGUGAAUCGUUUAAACUCCGUCCUCGGUCGAUAUCAGGAUGAAUUUCCUCCUCCCUCCUCGGUGUCACAGGCAGAUGAUGUGGUCAUGGAAUCUGCAGCUCCUUGGCUUUCAGACAGAGGUCUAAUGGCUCCUCUAAUAGAAGAAUAUGACAGACACAUACAACAGAUGGAGAUGCAGCUCAAGUUCUAUCAGAGGCAGAUGACAGACGUCAAAGCAAGCCUGGAGCAGGUGGUUAAAGAAAAUGAGCGGCUUCAUGCAGAGCAGAGAACAUCCAUUGAAAAGCAGCUCCAGUCUCUGUCCGCUGGAACAGAAGGAGUCACGGCGGAUGAUGCAAUCGCCAUCAGCAAUCUGGAGGAGCAGGUCAAGUGUGUCGUGGAGGAGAAAGAACGGGCUCUUCAGAUGUGGCAGACCGCUUCGCAGGAGUUGGAUCGUCUUCAGACCCAGUACCAGAGCUCCAUGAGUGAUGGACAAAUACAUGCGGUUGAACGGCAGCACAUGCAGAAUCAGCUGGCACAGAUGCAACAACAUGCACAGAAGCUCCAGCUGGCCAAUCAGAAGCUGGAAUCGACCAAUCAGCAGUUCCUUAAGACGGUGGCGGAACAGAGCAGUGCGCUGGAGGAGUUACGCAGCCAACUCAGGCAAGCUAAACUUGAGCAGAGAUCUGCCGCGACUAAAGUGGAGGAGAUGACCAGACUCCUGCAGAAUGUGCAGGAUCAGAUGCAGAGGAGGGAAGAGGACGCAGCAGAAGCUCACGGUAGAGAGGAAGCUUCUGACCGGAGAUUACAGCAACUACAAGCAGCACUGAACCAGCUAGAGGCCAGACUCAAAGCUGCGACACAGGAUUCUGAGUCAGUGCGCAGGAAGCAGACGGAGUGGGAGCGGAGAGUUGGAGAACUGCAGGGUCGCUGCGCCUCACUGGAAGAGGAGAAAUUUGAAGCCCUCAGUCGCCUCCGCAACUCCAUCCAGCUGGCUGAGGAAGCCUCGCUUCAGAGAGAACAGGCUCAGCUGAGGGAGAAACAGAGAGCAGAAGAGCUGGAGAAGAUGAAAGAUGCCAUGAAGCAGCUGAUCCAGGAUGCUGCCCUGCGCACCAGGAAAGAGGUUGAGAGUGUUCGUAAGCAGUGUAACGUUCAGAUUCAUCGCAUGGCUGAGGAGCUGUCUGCCCUGCAACUGGAAUGUGCCGAUAAAGAGAGACAGAUUGAAAGAGCCCACCGGGAGAGAAAAGCUGUGGAAGAGGAGCUGGAAAAGGUCUAUAAAGAGGGCCAAAUUGGAGAGCCUGAGAUGAGGAAGAUGGAGGCUCUCCAUCAGAGAUGUUUAAAUGCAGAACGACUGAAGGAUGAAACACAACUCACGCUCAACAGCACGAAGAACAAGAUGAAGAAGAUGGAGAUGGAGUAUUCAGAGGAGCUGUCACGCUGUCAGGAGGAGGUGCGGAGACUGCAGUCAGCGCUGUCGAGCUCGAGAGAAGAGAGCACAGCCAUCAGUGAAGAGAGACUCACACUGCAGCAAGACAACCAGCAGCUGCACAGAGACAUGGAGGCACUCCGCAAAGAGUGUGCACUGGCUCAGAGACGUGCCAAACAACAGGUGUCUUCGAUGCAGCAGGAGCUGUGUGUGAAGGAGCAGAGUUUGGAGUCCAGGCUGAGAGAGAUGGAGGAGAGCAGUAAAAACUCCAGCACCGGUUUGACCAGACUGGUGCUCGCUCAACAGAAAACCAUCAGUCGCUACAAAGACGAGGCCAAGAACCUCACACAGGCUUUCCAGCAGAAACUCAGCAGCCUCAGGUCAGAGCUGAACAGACAGAAACAGCGUGUUCAGGAACUGGAGAUCCAGAUGGAAGCUGACCAUCAGAAGAUGCUGGAGUAUGAGAGGCAGGUUUCAGAGCAGCUGGAGAAAAGCACGCGUUUACAGAGGCGUCUCACUCAGGCAGAGCAACGUGCAACAAGUGCUUCACAACAGCUGAAUGUGAUGUCACUACGGAGAAAAGCUGCAUCCAUGAUGGAUCUUGAGACUUUAUCAUAGAUCAACAGCAACUGUUUUGUCCCAUCAUCAUCAUCAUCAUCAUCA